AAAGCGCGGCAAACGAAACAACCCAAGCGCCCAACACAAGAAAAAGAAAAGGAGAAACCCUCAAGCCUCAGCUCCCGGCCCGAUCCAUGGAUGCGGAGAUGGAGGACGCGGGGGCCCAGGCCGAGAUCGAGUGGGACGGCGGCGGCGGCGGGGCCAACGCGGUGCUGGGCCUUGCCGGCGGCGCCUCGGUGUAUCUGUGCUACCACCAGGCGUUCGGUCCCCACGACGACCUCGUUCUCCUCGAGGCCGCCGCCGACCUCCUCCCCGACCUUCUACAAGGCCGGGUGACUGUACGGGGGCAUCCGGAUGAAGAAGCUGUUCUCUGCACACCUUCUGCAACGUAUGCUAUGAAGUUUGUGGGCACAUCCAAUUCUACGUUUUUGAUACCACCCGGGGAACCAGCUGCUCCAAGCUUAAGGCCUGAUAGCACCUACGGCGAUGCUAAUGAUGAUGAUGCUGUGGCCGCUGCCAUCAAAGUAGCACCAGGGAGCAUUGAAUUGGUCCGAACUGCUCCACGACUUGAUAAACUGAGGAACCUUCUCCGUGAGAGGCCCUACGUGCUCGAUGAGGAUCUUGGGGAUGGCUUCCAGCAUGGUAAGGGGCUGUACACAUGGCAAGAUCUCUGUGAACGUAUCCAGGCCAGUGACGGUGAGAUGUCAGAUGGGCUGAAUUCCCUCUCUGCUGUCGAGAUUGAUGGGUUCUGGAGGACGGUCGAUGCCAAUUCUGUGAACACUAUUCUGGACAUGAUUCUUCACAACUCUGUGUUGCACGACUGGCCGUUAAUUGCUAUGCCGGAAAAUGAUGUGCUAUCUGUCAUGGAAUCUGAUGGUUUUACGCAUAAGCUUGUAACCCAUUGCCUCAACAGAUUUGGCACGAAGGUAGAGCAGGAAGCAAGAAGUUUCUGGAGCCUUGAUGAGAGGCGUGUCUGCUUGCAAUUCGCUCGGAGAGCGCUUGGUGCUGGAAAGAUGAAGCUCCACAACUUUAUGGACAAAUGGGAGAGAAGCAUUCCUUCAGGAAUGCGUGUGGAUCUUCAGAUGCUCGAAGGGGAAGUGUUGUGUGAAAAGCUUGGGGCUGAGACCUGGGUGCAUGCUUUCAGUGUUGAAGAUCUGCCACUGACACCUGCUGAGAGGUUUGCAUCACUUUUCCGUGAGCGGCCAAAGUGGGGAUGGAAAGAUCUGCAGCCCUAUAUUAGGGAUUUGCGUGUGCCCGGUGUCUCUUCAGAAGGAUUGCUUAUCAAGUAUACUAGAAGAACCCAACCAAGCGCUGACGCUGAACCUAUUUUUACUGCAAGAUAAUCUAUCUAGCCUGCUCCAGCCAUGCUUUGAUCCUGACAGCCCUGGUUGCGGUUUUACUGAACUUGAAACAUGGUUUUGGCCUGGAUAUUGUUCACAGCACAAGGUCACCGUGAUCGUGUUUAAGGCAUGCUAGAUACUGUCAAUGGCAAUUGUGGCACCAGAUUAGUUGUUGAAUACUCAAUAAUCUGAUCUUGAUUGUAGCAUGGACGUUUGCCUCGCCUAAAUCCGCUGUUAGUUUUGAUCGGAGAUGCAAUACAUGAAAUACUUCUCAUAUGUUCCUGUGUUUGUAGUUGAUGGCCUGAAAGUUUGUGCCUUUUACUGUAACCUUUGGU